AAAAUCGUCACAUCCGGUGCAGUGACGCGUUUCGCGCGUGCGUGCUGCCGGCGUCGUCCAUUUUGCAUUAUGUCUGACUUGGCUGCACAACCGCUGCAAAACUCCGGUAACUUUUCUCAGAGUCCCGCGUUCGCUGACGCUCUUCAGAGAGCCAAGCAAAUUGCUGCUAAGAUCAACCCUGGUGCUUCACCUGUUGGACAGAAGAGGCCUCUUGAAGGAGACAUGGAUGGUCUUGGUCCCGACGGUAAGCGUCCGGCAGGCCUGGGCGGCGACCAGUUCGGCGCCCCCGGCGGCGGCAUGCCCCCGAUGGGCGGCGGCGGCGCGCCGCCCAUGGGCGCCGGACCGCCCAUGGGCAUGGGCGGCGGCGGCGUGCCUCCCAUGGGCAUGGGCGGCAUGGCGGGCAUCCCCAACAUGGGCCUGGGCGGUGUGGAGACGGAGGAGAUCAAGAUCCCCGACCGGAUGGUGGGACUGAUCAUCGGCCGCGGCGGCGAGUCCAUCUCCCGGCUACAGACGGAGAGCGGCGCCAAGAUCCAGAUGUCACCCCAGUCCAUGGACGGCAGUGUGGAGCGCACGUGCACACUGACCGGCUCCCGGCCGGCCAUCGAGCGCGCCAAGGAGCUGAUCGACGCCAUCGUGGCGUCGCGCGCCAACGAGACGGGCCGCGACCGGAUGGGUAUGGGCGGCGGCGUAGGAGGAGGAGGAGGCCCCCGGCUCAGCGAUAUGAUGGGCGAGCAGCCUGGUCAGAGCACCUCCGAGAUGAUGGUUCCCAGCUCCAAGGUCGGACUCAUCAUCGGCAAGGGCGGCGAGACGAUCAAGCAGCUGCAGGACAACAGCGGCUCCAAGAUGGUGGUUGUGCAGGACGGCGAGUACGCCAACGCGCCCGAGAAGCCGCUCAGGAUCACCGGAGACCCCAAACAGAUCGAGCGUGCCAAGCAGCUCGUGUUCGACCUGAUGGCCGAAAAGGACAACUACGGUCCCGGUGGCGGCGGCGGCGGUGGCGGACGCAACUUCGGCCGAGGCGGCGGCUUCGGCACCACCUCGCAGGAGGUGACCGUGCCCCAGGCGGCUGUCGGCGUCGUCAUCGGCAAAGGCGGCGAAAUGAUCAAGAAAGUCCAAAACGACACCGGCGCCAACAUCCAGUUUCAGCAGAACAUCUCUGGCCGUAACGAGCGUCUAGCCACGGUCACCGGCACGCCGGACCAGAUCGAGCACGCUAAGGUCAUCAUCAACGACCUGAUCGAGAGUGUGAUGAAGCGGGACCAGAUGGGAGGCCGCGGCGGCGGCGGCGGCUGGGGCGGCCCCGGUGGACCGGGGGGCUACGGCCGCGGACCAGGCGGUCCCAUGGGCCGCGACGGAAAACCAGACAUGGGUCCCGGCGGGCCGCCGUUCGGAGGGCCGGGCGGCCCGGGCCCGGGCGGACCGUACCCGCCACAGGGCUGGGGCGGCAACUUCCACCAGCCGGGCGUCUGGGGCCAGCCGCAGCAGCCGGAUCCGGGUAAACAGGGCGCCGGCGCCGACACCGGCGGCUGGAACAGCUACUACGGAUCUCAGUACUACGGCGGAGCAGGGGCCACCCCGCACUCCCAGAGCGGGACAGUGAACCAGCCGAUGAACCCUGGCGGCGGCGCGCCCGGCGGCGGACAGCCCGACUACAGCGCACAGUGGGCCGAGUACUACCGCAGCAUGGGCAUGCACCGCGAGGCGGACGCCAUCGAACAGCAGAGCAAGGCCAAGGCGGCCGGCGGCGGCCCGAUGCCCGGCCAGCAGCCCCAGCCGCAGCCCCAGCAGCCGCAGCAGCAGCAGCAGCCGCAGGCGCAGCCGGCCGCCAACGGGGCCGGCGGCGGCCAGCCCGACUACAGCGCACAGUGGGUGGAGUACUACCGCUCACAGGGCAUGAUCGCCGAGGCCGAGAAACUCGAACAGCAAAUCAAAUCGUCAAAGCAGGCUCAGGGCGGUGCGCCGCAGCAGCCCCAGCAGCCGCAGCAGCCAGCCGGCGCUCCGGCCGGCGGCGGCUACGGCCAGCCCCAACAGUACGGCGCCUACGGCGGUGGCUACGGCGGAGCGGGCGGCUACGGCGGACAGUACGGCGGGUACCCCGGCGCAGGAGACAACUAGGCGCCCGGACCGAGACCGUGACUUUGUGACGAUUUGCCACGUGUAGCCCUGAUCGAAAUGAGCGUGCGUUCACUUGUCUCUGCUGAGGUGUCAUUGUUGGUGUGUGCCGCUGAGAAGGACAGACGGCCGGCCGGCCGGCCGGCAGCGUCACCGGCCGCCUCCCAUCGUCACAUGCGUGUGUGUAUCAAACUGUACAACUGAGUGUCUGGACGCCGCGCGUACGCUGCUGCUAUGUCGCUGCUCUGCUACUGAUCGCCGCAAUGUUCCGUUUUUGUUUAACUUGUCGCCCACUCGGGAGCGGAGCAGAACCUUCGGCGCGGCGGCUGCGGCUGCCCUGCGCCACGGGAGAGAAGGGGUGUCCCAGCCGGCCACAGACUGAGGGACCGCCGCGCGCCGAGCGACGAAGUUCCAGCGUGGUUGUCGGGUGCCGCCGCUAGCUAUUAUCGUUUGACUGGUUUGGAGUGAGUGCUGCUCGAUUGUCGACUGUGCAGGAUGCCGUCCUCUGCCAGGGUGGAGGUCGGUGCGGGGUGUUGGGGGGCGUCAGGCAUGUCACCCGUGUGUGUCCUUUGGUGUGGACCGACCGGCCUCGGCCCCGACAUCCCGACAAUUCCGAGGCGUCGCCUGGGCCAUCUCCCGCCCUCCCAGACUUUGUGAAUCGUCAGCAGGACGGCCGCCGGACUCGUAUCGGGUUCCGGGUGGCCAGGGGGUGUGGGGAUCAGACAUUCGCCCGUCCCAGGCCUUGUUGGACAGAAUCCCCACCCCCUGCCCUACUCAGAGAGGUACACGGGUGCUGGACGGUCCCCGACAUGUCUGGUGGAGUGCCGUAUAUCGUGUCCACUCGUCCGUCUGUUCCAGAACUCCGGGCUGGUCGACGGCAGGGCCCGGUAAAGUAUGUCACGUCGCAUUGUUCCAUCUGAAUGACACGUCACUCAUAAAAACCGUCACUGCUCAUCCAAAAUGCCCCCCUGCUCGUCUGAAAGUCGUCUGCUUGCCUCGCUAUCUGACGUUGAAACACGACAGUGUUUUCCAUGGUUGCUGAAUAUUUGAAAAUCGCCAGUGUUCGCCAUGCCAUGAACUGUUGCUGGUGUCCAAUCGCCACUGUUUGCUGAUUUCCAAAAUCGCUGCUGCCUGCCCCUAUUCGCCACUGUUCACUGGUGUCCAAAUUCGCCACUGAUCUCGUGUCCAAAAGUCGUCCGUUUGCCAAUCGCAAAUCGCCACUGUUAAUGGGUUCAAAAUCGCUAUUGUUUGCCAUUGUCCCAACUUGCCUACUGUCCACUGGUGUUCAGAUUUGCUACUGUUCGCUAGUGUCCAAAUUCGCUACUGUUCACUAGUGUUCAGGUUCGCCACUGUUCGCUACUGUUCAUACUCUCUGCUGUAUUCCAAACUCGCUGGUUUCCUCUAUAGUCAGGUACUUGCAUUGUCCCCUUCUCUGGCUCUGUAAUUGCUCCUCUCCCGUGUACGUAGUCCCUCGCUGCAUGCCCCCUCGAUCCUGGCUCCGGUGUGGGUGUGUGCCGCACGGGCACGGCUAGCUCCGAGCCUGGCUCACUGUCUGAACUCCGCCGUUUGUCUGUCUGUCUGUUGACCGAUAACCGACGCCGAGCACAUCUCCGGAGAGAGAGAGAGCGCCCGCCCGCGGCACAGAGAGCGCGAGAGAGAGCCAGGGGCGCAGUGGCCACCGGCAGGCACCCUGCACCCGUCGCCCGGUCAGGUAAAACGGACCGACUGUCCCUAACUCCGCCUCCUGCCGUCCCAGGGUUCGUUGGACUUGUGUCGCUCCUGUGUAUGUAAUCAGCCGUGUAUAUUGUGUCCCGUGACCUGACCUGACCUGAUCCCGAUGUGUGACCUGGGGUGAGGAUGACAUGCUUGGCACCUGACAACCACGCUCAGACGAGGUUUUCUACGGUCUUAGCUCGAAUUCGUGUCUCUUGGAAUGUAAUUGGCGUGUUCGUUUAAUCAGUGUAACAACCAUUGUCGUCGCUUCAUGCAUCUUGCGUAUGUUUUCGACCGUUUAUUUGGAGUCUUUCAUACACGGAAAUUGUAAUUGCCUGUUUAUGUUGGUCGUUGCUGGGUAGGGUUUGCCUUGCGCGGAAAUACAGGAGGUUCUUUGGUAAUAAAGCUCCAUCACGACAAUA